GAUAGGUUUCCUUUCUUCUUCUGGGGGCCCUCAGCCACUUCCGGUUACAUGACGACGACGCGACGGCGUCGAUACAAAAAAGAGAGAAGGAAAACAGGAAAAUACAUUUCUUGGCGAGAACAGUGGAAACUUAAUAGAAAUUGCCAGAUCUAUAUGGACGGAUUGCCCACGUGACCGCGUCACCAACGAUCGACAUUAAGUUAGUCUGACGGGAUAACGUCCGAGCAGUGAGAGCCCCCAGAUAUUUGGAGUUUAUUGUUCUUCGUCUUCUCCCUCCAGCUAAGCUAUUUCUGUGUUGCCCUACCUAGCCGAGCUAGCUAACGUUAGCUUGCCGCUGGAUGCCAACAUAGUGUGUGUGUGUGUGUGUGUGUUCUUAGCUCUCAAUUAGCAAGCGGCUAGAAAGGAAACAGCGCCGUUAAUCCGUUCAGUUUGCAGCCGGACUCCUCUAACCUCUUCUAGCUCGGUGACAUUAGUUCGGCGAGAAUGGCAACGUCGGCUCUGUACGCCUGUACGAAGUGUAACCAGCGGUACCCCUUCGAGGAGCUGUCGCAGGGCCAGCAGCUGUGCAAGGAGUGUCGCAUCGCACAUCCAAUAGUGAAGUGCACAUACUGCAGAUCUGAAUUCCAGCAGGAGAGUAAAACCAACACAAUCUGCAAGAAAUGUGCCCAGAAUGUCAAACAGUUUGGAACCCCCAAACCCUGCCAGUACUGUAACAUCAUUGCGGCUUUUAUUGGAACAAAGUGCCAGCGUUGUACUAACUCAGAGAAGAAAUAUGGACCUCCACAGACCUGUGAGCAGUGCAAACAGCAGUGCGCCUUCGACCGCAAGGAAGAAGGCAGGAGAAAGGUGGAUGGGAAACUGCUGUGUUGGCUCUGCACGCUGUCCUAUCGCCGUGUCCUGCAGAAGACCAAGGAGCAGAGGAAGGGCUUCGGCUCGUCCAACUCCUCUUCGCUGAAUGAGAAAGACCACCACUCCAGACCUCAUCACCAUCACCACCACCACCAACACAGACACAGCAGUUCUCAUCACAAGCUGAGUGGGAGCUUAAGUCCUGAGCAGGAGCAGGGACUGUGGAAGCAGAGCCAUAAAUCGUCUUCAAUCCAGAAGGAGACUCCAAAGAAGAAACCAAAACUGGAGAUGAAGCCAUCCAACGGGGACAGUAGUUCCAUCACCCAGUCGAUGGAUUCUGGAGGAACAGAUAACUUCAUCCUCAUCAGCCAGCUGAAAGAGGAAGUUAUGUCACUGAAGAGACUUCUGCAGCAGAGGGAUCAAACCAUUCUGGAGAAGGAUCGCAAGCUCACAGAGCUGAAAGCAGACUUUCAGUACCAGGAGUCCAACAUGAGAGUGAAGAUGAACCAAAUGGAGAAAUCACACAAAGAUGCCAUGGAGCUACAGCAGUCCAAGAACAGGGAGCUCAUGAAGCAAGUGGCUGCCCUCUCUAAAGGCAAAAAGUUUGACCGGACAGGAAGUUCUCUGCUGCUGCCCUAACAAUAGGCCGGCCAGCGGGUAACAACACGGAACGGCUUCAUUGUUGUAACACUGUGAAAGUCUCCCUCCUGUGUUUCCUCAUUGCCAUCUACAUCGAUUAUUUCUUAAUUGGUAAAGCAAGAGGCCAUGUUGUACAUGGAAAUCAAUCGUUGAAUCAAAGAAACCUUUUUCUCUAAAUGUCAACAUAUUUUAGAUAUUUUAUGGCGACUUUUCCACUGGAUCCUAGGAUGUGACUUUCGGGUGGAGGAUGGAGCCCUCGUUUUUUAACACUGCCGGGCCAAAACUAAAAUCAUGGUGUGCAUAUGUGGAUAGCAUUCUGUCGACUCAGUGUAUCCACUUCAUUUUUAUGGAUGUCAUGCAAUUUUAUUUAUUCAAAUGUAUUUCUUAGCUUUUUUAUUUCCUCACAACACACUAUGAGAAUAUCCCACAUUUUGGGGUUUUUCUUCAAUAGUGAUUAGUUAUAUUUUUCUAAAUUGAUUGUGGAUGACAAGUUCUUCUCAAUGGGGACCCUGCGCAACUUUACAAUGUAUGCAAACGUGGGAAGGGUGACCACUGAGCUGCUGCUCAACAGUAGAGUACUCUCUCAGUAACAAUUCAUAAACCAACCAAUGAACACUUUGAAAGGCUGUCGGAUUUUUGCUGUUUCUCUUUAGUGGAACGAUUGUAAUACUGCAUGAUUUUACUGCCAGACACCGGUUGGCAUUGUGGUCGGACUUCUUUUUUCCCCUCCUUGUAAUUAGUUUUUUAAGAAUCACUUGUAAAUGUAUUACUGGGGUCAGCCAUUGUAUUUAAACUAUUGCUUGUAUGUGUUUUAGUGAGUACAGUAUGUGUAUGGUAAGGCCAGUUGAAAUUAACAUGUCUGUAGAAGAUGCUUUUUAAAGGAACACACCUAUCACCUUGCAUUAUUGGGCUGGUUUCAUACUGUGGCGUCCAGGAUCACUUUUGUACUUUUUUCCAAACCAAGUGUUUUAAAAACUAUUAAAACUGGCUAAACUGUUA